AAUAAACCUUAUGUUAAAGACAACUUUACAAGCCCCUUAUUCAAAUCAAGUAUUCUUCUGGAGAGGACAAUUUCCAGCUGCAACAAAAUGACAUUUAGAUGGAUAUUCCGAUUCUUUAUAUCACAUGAUUUAUAAUAGUGACUCAACACCAGUCUCUCCCAAAUGAUCCUUAGGCUCAUCUUCAUUCAUUUUCAACUUAUGAUUAAUUACCUUUUCUUUUAAACCUUAUGUGUGUCAUCCCUCAAAUCUUACAUCCAUGAGAAACAAAAUUCUGUUUCGAGAAAGAGAUUCAUCUUCAUGAUCAACACCAAAAAAAAAUAAAAAAUUAACCACUUAAACAAAAAAAAUAAUGAUACCCUUAGCCAAAUUAACUCCAAAGCAUUUCUUCAUUGUGGGUGCAUUAGUUGUAGCAACAAUCCUUGCAAUUUUAUUCAGGAGGUGGGCUCAUCUCGAAGCAAACAAAUCCGAAAAAUCCAGCAAUGUUAAGUCAAGUGAUCAAAAUCAAAGUGAAGGGGGAAAUGAUGAUCAUCAAGAAAAAUGCAAAAACAAAACAUGUACUAGUAUAAGGACUUAUGCCCUGGAAGAGUUGAAGGUGGCAACAAAGAACUUCAAGGUACAAAUCGGGAUCGGCGGGACGUCGAUUGUGUACCUUGCAGAGCUUGAAGAUGGAAGACUUGGUGCUGUGAAACGCGUCUUGGAUGAGAAAGGUGGAAGCCAAAAGAUGGUUCUUGAUGAAGUCUCUGUUUUGCUUAGGAUUUCACACCCAAAUUUGGUCGGACUAAUGGGUUUUUGCUUGGAGAAAGGACUUUUGGAUCCCAACCUCAGCGGUGGUGUUGAUGAGGAUCAGCUGAGGGUGGUUUUUGAUGUGGCUAACCAGGCUUUGCUUCCUAAUUCGGAAGCAAGGCCUGAUAUGAGGGAGAUUGUGUGCAAGAUUUCGAGUUGUAUGGAGCCUCAACUUCAUCCAGAGUUACCUGUGUGA